AUGAGUGAAAAAGUAUAAUAAAACAAAUAAUUUGAAAAAAAAUGCGAAAUUCAUGAAGGCUAAGAUAUUAUCUAUAUACAAACGGGUGACUAGAAAUAAAAAUAAAUAGGAGUAUGCGUAGAGUGUAUAACAGCUAAUGGACUAUAAGGAUAGAAUUUGAUGACAUUAAAUUCAAUUCUUAAUGAUAUGAAAAAUGAAAACUCAAUAUCUUAAAGUUACCCUCAUUUUAAAGGUAAUGAUAUUCUUAAGAAAUAUUCAGCAUCUUACAAUUCAUUAGGAUACUUGGAUCCAUCAAAAUAAAUCGAAGAAUAUAAUGAAAUAUUUGCUAAUUCUUUAUAAUUUAUCAAAAAUGCUUUGAAGUAAAAGCAAGAUACGCAUUUUGUUGACAAAAUUGGUCUUAUUAAUUCAUAUAACAAAGUUGCUUAAAAAGGUGAAUUUCUAACUAACUUUAAUGAUUAUAUGAGUGAUACAAAUGACAAAGAAUUCAGUCAUGAAUUAUCAAGCUUCAAUAAAAAUAUCAUUUUAACAAUUCAUGUAUUAAGACUGUUAAUUAUAACAGUUUGA